AUGGCGUCGCAUCCGCAUAUGCAUCCCAACAUGCAACAGUCUCCGGAAAUGGAUUCAACAACUUGGGCCGCUCAAGACUAUGGUUCUGCCGCAGCAUAUCACAAUGGAAUGACUGGUGAGGCUAAGCCCCCUCAACCGAUGGGCUUUCUAAAAGGGUUCGGGGGCAUGCAAAAGAAGAUAACAAGAGACGGACAACCAGCGAAACGAAGAGGACCAAAACCAGAUAGUAAACCAGCACAGACUCGGCGGCAAGAGUUAAACCGUCAAGCUCAAAGAACACAUCGGGAGCGAAAGGAGAACUACAUCAAAGCGCUUGAACUGGAGCUGGCGCGGUUACGAGAGGUGUUCAUUGCUGAGCAGAACGCUCGAGACGCCACUAUCCAACAACAAAAGCUGCUGAUUGACGGUCAACAGCGCGAGAACCAGGCAUUGAGGGAAAUCCUGACCGCUCGAGGCAUUCAGUUCGAAAAUGAGCUGGAGAACCGCAAGGCUGUAAUUGCCAUGAGACCCAAGCGUGAAGCCGAUUCUCUAAGCCCACCCAACAUGGGUACAUUCAGUCCAUCUUCAGCGGCUGGCCGAUCAGUCAAUUAUCAGCAAAUCCUUCAGGGGCCACCGACAGCCACCACUGGUUAUUCGCCUCAAACAUAUAUCAAUGGCGGCGCUAUGAGCACUUCAGGUCACUCGCCCGGCACAACUCAUCACAGCUAUUCACCUCAAGGUCCAGAUAUUCAGGAGAUUUCAGUCAAGCAGGAACCUGGAGUCAUCCCGGAUAUGCCAGGCAUGCCAUUGUCAGGAAUGCGAUCCCUGGGGAUUUUUGAGAGAGAACCGCAAUUGGGGAUCGAUUUCAUCUUGAAACUUGAGCAAACCUGCCGUGACCACGAGGAAUAUCUCGUGCGAAGAUCGAUGGAUUCACCCAACAACGAAGAAGAUGCGCUGUUUUCAGGACAUGCUUUGAUGGCUUCUUGCCCUCCGCCAAGUCAUAUCGAGCGCACACCCGCUCGAAAUGGAGGCUUGGAACCAACGUAUGACCACAAAGUACCAGAUGCCGAAUCAGUGCAGAUCCUGAACAAUCUGCUCAACUUGAGUCAAACCCUGAGAGGCAGCGCAAUCCCGAGUGGACAGGUGACACCAAUUAUGGCCCUGCAGUCACUCAAAGGUCACAGGAAUUACUCCAGCCUUACUAGGGACGACGUCUUGGGCAUGAUCGACGCCAUCAGAAGCAAGGUCCGCUGCUAUGGUUUCGGUGCAGUCAUGGAGGAUUUCGAACUCCGCGAUGCGCUGUCGAGUAUAUUUGCAACGAAGCCGGAAACAUACGAUCAGUUGGGCACAGACUAUACCGCCGAAAUUGACGAAAUUUGCAUCAAAUCCCUCCAGACCGAAGCGUUUUGUGACUUUCGAGCUGCACAAUAUUGUAUAACAGGCAUUGCUAUUCAACGACAUUUGACAGGACUUGUAUUCCGAACAACCAUGCCGGGAAUCAGUCUUGCAGAUGCCAUCAAUGACCUCAACGUCAACGACGAAUGGGGUCCAGAAAUCACUUCAACCACAACCCUCGAUGGCGUCCCAUAUGCCCCCUACUCGAAAAGCGAUAAACUAGGCCGCAUGGCUGACUGGACACAAGAGGGAAAAGAAGGGCGAGACAGAGGUGGUAGACAAUAUGGCAGAAAUUUUAGAGAUCAACAAAUCUACGGCGCAGGCACUUCGUCACUUUUCGCGGUGCAGGUCGCCGAAGACGAAUCCUCCUUCUCCGUUGUCGACAACACGAGAACGACUGCCAAAAGAGGCGGAUUUGGUCGAGGUGGUGUAGCAGUCUUCCGUGGCCGCGGACAACGAGGAGCCGCCCAACGAGGCGGAAGAGGCACAUUCCAAAGAGCCGGACAAGGCCGGGGAGGAGGCCAACAACAAGGGCAAUACUAUGACAACAGAGGCGGACGAGGUGGCCGUGGCCGACGGUUCGGCUGGCGAGACUACGACAAGCCACAACGGAAUCGCGACGCCUCGGUCAACAUCCGUCCAGAUUGGGUCAUGAAGGAAGAGAUUGACUUCAACCGACUUGGCAAACUGAACCUCGAAACGUCCGAGGGCGAUGAUCUUGACAGCUAUGGCUUCCUGUACUACUACGACCGAUCUUACGACAAGGCGCCUGUCAAGAACACCGAGCGCAAACUCGUGUCCCUUGAUCGUGCCGCAUACAACGUGACCACAUCUGCCGAUCCAGUCAUCCAAGAACUCGCCGAAAAGGACGAGGCUACCAUCUUUGCAACCUCCGACAUCCUGUCCAUGCUCAUGUGCGCCACGCGCUCGGUGUACUCGUGGGAUAUCGUCAUCCUCAAGCACGGCGAUAAGAUCUUCCUGGAUAAACGACCAGAUAGCAGCAUCGAUUUGGUCACAGUCAACGAAAACGCGGCCGAUGCACCUCUUGAAGCCGACUCAGCCACCAACACGCAACAACAGACCGGCGUAAAAGCCGACAGCAUCAACACCCCAUACAACCUCGCCAUGGAAGCCACAAUGAUCAACCACAACUUCGCCUUCCAGACGGUCAUCGAGAGUCCGAACAACAAAAUCGAGUUCCCACAUCCAAAUCCAUUCUACAGUCCCAAUGACGAGACGGACCCGUUGGCAUCCAAGGCUUACAAGUACCGCCGCUUCGAUCUGAGUCUCGAGCGUGACGAAGAGCCCUUGAAUCUGAUCGUUCGUACGGAACUCGACGCCGCGACCAAGAACAACAUCUCGGGUGACGACCAGUUCCUCGUUAUCAAGGCGCUCAACGAGUUUGACCACAAGGCUCAGGGAGCUGGUGGCGCUCUCGACUGGCGUACGAAGUUAACCUCGCAGCGCGGUGCGGUCGUGGCAACAGAAAUGAAGAACAACUCGUGCAAACUUGCACGAUGGACGACACAGGCCAUUCUUGCACGAGCGGACCAAAUGAAGCUUGGUUUCGUGUCGCGUGUGAACCCGAAGUCUGCGGCCAACCACGUCGUUCUUGGCGUUGUGGGAUACAAGCCUCGAGAGUUUGCCGGCCAGAUGAACUUGGGUCUCAGCAAUGGAUGGGGUAUUGUCCGGACGAUUGUUGACUUGGUUCGCGGCAUGAGCGAGGGUGAGGAUGGGGAUAAAAAGUACGUGCUGAUCAAGGACCCCAACAAGCCUGUGAUUCGGCUGUACGAGGUCCCACUCAACACGUUUGAGGAUGAGGAUGAUGGAAUGACCGGCAUCGUGACUACGGAUGCUCAGGAGGCUGCUGGCGAAGAGUAGGCUGGUGGAUGAAGUUGCGCAUGAUCUUAGGGCCUUGCAUUCUUUUCUGCCUUCAGCCUCGUUAGGCUGGCCUUGCUAGACGCUAUUGACGGUGGCAUGAGGAGUCACGACCUGCGGUGAGAUAGACACCACAGCAGAAAAUGGACACGAGCAAGUUUAUGAUCGAGAAUUUAAUGAAUUGGUGAUGGUAAAGCCGCAGCCACGCUUCCAUAGUCACAGAA